AUUUUAGUUCAUCCUGUGAUAGACAAUUGAGAAAUGUAUUGACCUAUAAUCCCGAAUAAUAGAAUUAAUAAGAAUUUUAAUAACUUAUAAACGUUUACAGACGACUUUACAGUACAGGUACCUUCGCUGUACGCUCUAAUGCGCCUAUCUCUGUACAUCAUUCCAUGGUGUUUACGUAGAAAAUGGAUAUUAACAGCAUCAAUGAAACUCUUCAAGAGAUUAUUUCAAAUGUAACUUCUGAUAUAGGAUCGGAUAUCAAUCAAUUAUUUGAAAUCUCUUAUGGUUUUAUCAUACCAACCAUAGUAUCAUUCGGUAUAAUCAGCAAUAUCCUAAACAUAAUCACAUUAAGUAAGCCAUCUUUGAAUAAGACUCCAUACAUGUUUAUCAAAGCAAGAUCUGUCUCCGAUUUACUACUACUCUUAACAAUUAUACCAUUCACAAUACAGAAUUUAACACCAGACGAAGAAUGGAAUAAUUAUUACAUUGUUUUCUACUUUGCAAAAUUACAAUUGCUCUUUGUAAACUCCCUAGUGGGCAUCAGUUCUCUAUACGUCACAGCAUUGACCAUAGAAAGAUACAUCUCAAUCUGUGAGCCAUUGAAAGUCCUUCAGGAAAACAAUAAAAAGCGAAUUUUAAUUGUUAUUAUUCUUAUUCCUGUAUUUACUGUACUCUUCCACGUUCCUUAUACACUUAAUUUUUAUAUACAAUAUGAUUAUAAUUCUUCUAAUGUAACGUUGUAUUACUUUCGUGAUGAUGAUAAUACCAGAAAUGCCACCUUCUAUCAACUGUACCUCUUAGUGUUGCAGUCUUUAUUUCGAAUUGGUCCGACAUUGCUGAUAGCAACUCUAAAUCUAAAAAUUGUUGUUGAAUAUAGAAAAAUAUUAAAUAAAAGGCUUAAAUUGAGUAAAACGAAUUCUUCGGAUCGACUUAAAGAAGAGGAAAGGCGUUUGAUGUUUUUACUUUGUGGGAUGUCUCUUAUGUUCUUCAUAUGUAAUACACCAGCUGCCAUUUUGGUCGUUAUUACGAGAGACAGUUUACAGAAGGAUUAUGAUUUUCAAGUAUUUAGAACUAUUGCAAAUCUUCUAGAAAUUAGUAAUGGUUCUUUGUCAUUUGUUACUUAUUUAGCAUCUUCUAGAGAUUUCAGAAGAGCUGCAUUUGAUUUGAAGUUCCAUUCUUGUAACAGAGUCAGUAAUGUGAGUUGAUACUAAUGCGGAACACAGAAAUGCAAUUAAAAUUUUCAAAUGAAAUACUAAUUUCAAAGAAGAAAUAAUGUAAAUUUGUCUUAUUGAUGGCGCCAUAUUUGCAUUUUGGAGAUUCAUUCUCGUAGCGGAAUCAUCAAUACCAGUUGAUACUUGGUCUAUUACAGAAAAAGGAACUGCAAUUAAAAUGCCCAGUAAAAUUUUAAUUGAAAAGAAAGAAUAAUGCAAAAUGUCGAUGAAAAUCUGCCUCGAUGAUGACACCCCGUAUUGUAUGGGAUCGUGCAUAAAUUAUGUAACGCUAUUUUUCAAUUAUCAUCCAACACUGUAAGUUUCCAUAACACUGUUGCAUAUGAUAUUCUGUUACCCAAGGAUCCAGAUCUUAGCAUUAUGUAACGUUUUUGUAAACAAUCCCACGCGUGUGACGCAUCUUAUCGAUAAUUUUUGUAUAAUAUAUUCCGCUUAUUGUAAUCAUGGUUCGGUUAUUGUUACCGUUGUCUUCGGGCAAGUAGGUCUUUUUAUGCUUUAUUUUCGUGUUACCAGCCUCAACAUGUGGCUGAUAACAUAAAACGGUUAUAAGAUACUUAAUUAGUGCUUUAUUUGUAAUUUGCUGGCAAUCCAAUAGUUUAAUUGUUGGCAAUGUUCUGGCUGUUGUUGAAGUUGUAGCAGGUAUACAAUAUUGGAUCAAUUAUUUAUUAUAACUUAUAUCUUCAAGUUAUACAUUUUUAAAUUGUUUCGACAUGUCAAUGGAACCACAUUUUCCUUUUAAGGAUGAAUGGCCGAGUAGUUAUUGUUUUAGCUUACCGCGCGGGAGGUUCUCAGAUUGAUUCAAACUGUCUGUCUCGGACAUGUCGGGCCCGUCUCUCACCAUUGUGAAUCAUGCCGAUCCAGCAAUAAGCUUGAAAAAAGACCCUUUUAUUGCCCAAAUGGCAGAGUUAAAAAAAUAAAUAAAUAAAACAGAAUUUCCUCUAAUUGUAAUUUUAUUUAUUCAUUCACGCAGUGUUAGUGGGCCUUUUUAAUCACACUUAUCGUGCGAAUUCGUCUAGACCCACAAUUGAGUUUAUGGGUGGUGAGAAAAGGAGCCCGAAAUAUUCAGAAUAGACCACUCAAAAACAAUUUCUAAAGGUUUUUAAAUGCCUGGAUUCUAUUCUGGAUCCCCAGAAGCGGUUAACCGCUUCGGCCAUCCGAGCCGCAUAAUGU